UCAUUGAAAAGCAUUUGAUCGCCGUUACAUGUUACGGAUUAUUGCGAUUUUCAAUUCCCAUGGAAGGCAAACCAUGCCUUGGCGCAAUAGUUCUAAUCACCACAUAAACAACCAGCAAUCAUGGGAAGGCUUGAAUCACUGACAGCUUGGGCAUUGGUACGUUGUUUCUUUUCCGUGUUAACUCGCCAGCGAGGGCUUGUCCUAUCUUGUAAAAUAUGUUGCGCUGGUUUUCCUAUCUCAUUACCUCUCAUCCAACUGGUAUUUUCACGGUGUAUUUCACAGUUCAAACACUCAUAGAAACUCCAAAUUUGACAAUAUACUCCCCGAAACGAUGUAUCCACAAAAGCUUCAUACUCACGAAUUCUAGGGUCGAACACCAUAUGAAGAUCAGGUAACCUGGCCCACUUCACCAGAAGUUUUUGAGAAUUCUGGCUAUGUGCAGAUAUACGAUGAACAUGGCCAUCCAAGGAAUCCAGAGACAAAACGGAGAGAACGUGAAAAUAUUCGUGCAGCCAAUGAAGUAAUGCAAGUCACGGGUAUUGUUGAAGAUUUGACUGCUGUGAGGGCAGCUGCGAAGCUGCACAACACUCAAAAGAUUGAAGAGACAAUCAGAGGUCUACGAAUAUUAGAAGCUGGUCGUGCCACGCUCCAUGCUGGUGUUUGGGGUGUUAUUGCGUUUAGGCGAAGGGUUUUGGUGCGUUGAUUUACCAACUCGAUGCAGUGCUAUACUUACAAAUUGAAGCUUUACAGAUCAUAUUCUGAUAUCGGAAUCCUAGCGCUGAUCCAGCGUGAGAGAGUUAGAAGAUCUGUCACGAAUUUAUGCUUCUCUGGACUUCACACUGUCAUAGCAUAUCAUAUAUCAGACUGGGUAGGUUGCUUCUUGGAAGUUGUCCUAGAUCAAAUGUUUGAUGAAAAUGAGAGGAAACUUACCCCGCAAGAAGUAUGGAUCAAGUACAUGGCGGAUAAACUGUGAGUAUUUACACGUCUGAAAAGAUUCUGCAGCGACUGAUAAUUCCCCAGCCUUUAUAUCGGCUUUCGUUACAUUACAUUGCACUUACGAAUGUUUGCCAUGUUUUACCAGUUUGGCUUGGUCAAAUCUAACCAAAUCCUACCUCCAUUGAUGUCAUUAAUUCCAUUCUCGAAGACAUCAAUGCUUCACGCGCAACCUGCACCUCCGGCAAACAUCAUUUCGAUUCUCUCAUGGUCAUUGGCCUUGGUUCGUUCUACGACUCCAAUUGUGGCUGUGUUAUUCCAUGGAAAGAUCAAGUAUAUUGUGUCGCGCCUCUUGUAUCGACCCAUAUAUAAAUCCCUACCGCGACCGACAGGAGAGAGUAUGUUUGCUGGACUUGGGGUAGAAGCUCCUAUCUUGGAAUUUGACACACCAGAUGACGCCGAGUUUAAUGGUCCAGUCCGCGGUGGAGAAGAAGAUACUCUACGAGCCCUUGAAGGAUUACCUCCUUUAGAAAGAACAGAACCUCGAUCUCGGCGGCAUACUAAUGCAUCGAUGAGCGUUGAUGAGGAAGAGGAUGCGCGACCAACACUAAUUAGCUUCGAUGUCGAUUCUACAUCUACACCAGCCGAACCGACUUUUGGUCUUGGGACGUGGUCGGCAGAGUUGCGGAGUGCAAGCGAUCCCAGCCAAUCGAAAGAUAUCAAAUAUCGCAAAACCGGGCUUACCAUGCUUCCAACCAUACUCGCCGCAGAAGGGUUUAGAGAAUUGGCCGCCUCUAUUCUUAUAACACCGCUUGAAGCCGUAAUGAUACGAUUCAUUGGUAGAGCAUACGGGAACAGAGUUGGGAUCGAUUUGGCGGAUUUUUAUGAAAUAAGUUUCCAAAUGCCUAGCUUGAAGCAUCUGGUCGCUUCGUGGGCUGUUCAGUUUAUAGCAACAGGACUUGUCUGGAGUGGAUUCACAUUGGUCACUGAGUAUAUUGCGGACAGGAGGAAGAAGACAACCCAGGGUAAACCAGCUGCCCUCGAGAGCGACUCUGACUGAAGUAGUUCCUUUGGUUAUCAAAUAUCAACGUCGCUAAUUUUCGCACAAAUGUUGUGUAAUCGGACCGAGAGCAUCCCCAUGGGCAUUCAACUGAUGGUUCGUUCCAAAUCAAAUGAUCUGGAGGUUGGGGAAUGGAGACUGGAGUUCGUGGGACAACUGCAAUACUCCACCCUUGUGGCAUGACUUGUCUUGUGGGAGACAAGCUUUUGCCUGAAACUGGAUAUCAGGGGGCAAACAUUAUGUCUAGCUGUGAACUAAUGGUCUCCUGACUCGAUUAGGAAUUUAGGAAUGAAAUAAUUAGACUAGUCACAGAUGCAACAAAAUAAGUUGCGAUGUUUAGGGAAGGCACAUUGACUUGAAUGUGGCUCGUGUUCUAUGGAGCCAGAAAAUCUUAGAUUCGGUCUCUUUGUGGGUAGAGGAAGUUUUCAUGUCUGGCUGAAGCUAGGAUAGAUUAACUUUUACUGGUCAAUGAUCACGAGGGAAGCGACGAAAAAGCCCCGGAAAUAGCCAGGGCGUACCCCAUACAGAGUAUACUCUAGAGUCUGUACCAAGGUAUGCAUAGCAAUGGAACUUAUGGAAGACACCAAGAACAAUUGAGGUGAUUUUGUUUUAGAACUAACGCUUCGUAUCUUCCGUGGUUAAAACGCCCGGUUCAAACUUCAAAGCUUGAAGUCAUCUGAAAAGUCUAACUAACGCCUCGUUUAGAGUCAAGACUCUGGGCAUGGUGCUU